CUCCGCGUGUCGACCGGUCCGUACUCUUCGGUACCGCUUUCCCCGCUUUCCUCCUGUUUCUUGCGUGUUCUUGCGUUCACGUGCGUUCACGUGCGUUUUGUGUCGGGAAGCCGGGAACGUGCGGUAUUUUCUACAGCCUUAUACUUUUGGAAGUGACGUUGGGAGGAAUGAGGAUGAAAAGUUUAGCAAGGUGUUGCUUUGCUCCAUCGUUCCCCCGUUUAUGCAGGGACCAAAGGUAUGAAGCACUACUUAAUAAAUAUUACACGACAAGGGCCAAAGAAGCAACAGAGCGGAAAAUUCACCCAUAUAAAAAUGUUCAUCCUUGGAAAUCAGUGGAUCAAUUUUCCAAUGAACUUGUGUGCGAUGUAAUUUAUAAUAAAGAUGGACUGAUCGCGAUAAAUAAACCAUAUGGGAUUUCUGGUAAAAACAACACGAAUAUAAAUGGAAAUGGGGCAGACAAAAAAAUUAUUCCACAUAUUCCAAAUGCCGUUGAUUACACGUUAUCCGAUGCUAUCCCCUAUAUUGCGAAAACAUUAGGCUACCAGUCGCUCAAGUUAAUUAAGUCAUUGGAAAGGUAUACUGCUGGGAUAAUUCUUUUAGCAGAGAGCGAAAAGGUAGAAAAUGCUGUAAUUAAAUCCUUUAAUCGUGCUCAAGGGUUUGGUAUAAUACCAAAGACCUACUGGGUUGUUACGACGAAAUUGCCAAGAGAAGUCAAGGGAAUAUAUCGUUUAGGAUUGACGUUACAACAGAGUCCAUGUAGAACGUUCAAACAGGCUGUAUUUGAACCUGUCAUAGGAAAAAACAGAGAAAAAAGAGGAGAAGUGAACAUUUUCAAGGCCGACUUUAAAUUGAUUUCCAAUUCAACUUUAAACUUGUGUUCUUUAAUUGAAAUUAAAGCUUCUCCUGCGAAAUGGCACAGUGUAAGACUGUUUUCCUCGACUAUUUUGUACAGUCCAAUAUUGGGUGAUCAAAUCUAUGGAUCACGAGUUCAAAAUGUCAUGGGAACUUGGGUAAACAUUGGUCCAUUUAAUGAAGUUGCACAGAGACCCCCAGUUUUAUCACGAGAUUUAUUACAUCUUUUAGAAUUGACACCUAAAAUGACACCCAUUGUUCCCGCUCACGUACAUUUAAGACGCAUAGAAUUACCUUGGUUUUAUGGCAAAGGAAAGGAUUUAAUACUUGAAGCCCGUUUAAGGCCAGAAUUUUUAUGGACAUGUAAAAAAUUACAAUUUAAACAUGUAGAAGAAAUUGAGAAAGAAUUUCCAGAAGAAUCUAUAAUAACAUGUUAAAUACGUUAUAUAAAUUAUUGCUAAUAAAUGGAAUAAAAAAA